GCGAAACAACCGCCCGUCGCCCCGAGCCGCCCGGCAUUUAUCCAAACACCGCCUUCUUCCUACGCCCUCACCACACUGCGUGUCGCGGACCGGCCAUGUCUUGCCUCGCCGCGUCCUCGGCGACGCCGCCAGCGUCAAGGCCUACGGCCCAGCGUCUGUUUGUUGCGGUGGCCGCUCCUCCCCGUUGGCGGUCCGUUGAGCCUCAUCGCGCUGUAUGGAGGAGUGAAGGCCCCCGGGCUCUAACGAUGCUACGGAGGUGCUCUCCCGCCGGCGACUCCAGGGCGCCCGGAGACGGCAGCCUAUCCAGUUUUUGCAUUAUUGAAGGCCCAGAGACAAUACAAGACUUCAUUCAGAUGCAAUCACAAGAGAUUCAAGACAACAUCAAGAGUCGGCGCAGCAAAAUAUUCCUUUUGAUGGAAGAGGUCAGACGACUGCGGGUGCAGCAGCGAAUCAGAGCUGCUGAAAGCAGAUGUUCCAGCAGUGAAGAAAAUGAGAUGCCGGAGAUGCCAUCUACCAUUCCGUUUUUGCCUUAUACGUCACCAAAGACAAUGAAGCAACUCUACCUGACAUCAUUCUCUUUCAUAUCUGGGAUAAUCAUUUUUGGUGGCUUAAUAGCCCCAAUACUUGAACUGAAAUUAGGGCUUGGUGGUACCUCUUAUGAAGAUUUUAUACGGAACAUGUAUUUACCUCUUCAGUUAAGUCAGGUAGAUCCCAUAGUGGCGUCCUUUUCAGGUGGUGCAGUUGGUGUAAUUUCAGCCUUAAUGUUGGUUGAAGUGAAAAAUGUGAGGCAGCAAGAAAAGAACAGAUGCACAUAUUGCCAUGGGACAGGAUACCUGCCAUGUGCCCGUUGCUCUGCCAGCAAAAUGUUGUUGGGCACCAAACGCUUUUCACUUUCUACAACUGAACGCUGUUCCAAUUGUUCAGGAGCUGGGAAGGUGAUGUGCCCAACAUGCUUGUGCACGGGAAUGGCAAUGGCAAGUGAGCAUGACCCACGUAUAGAUCCCUUUGACUAAUGUUGGGCAAUUUGACGUGUGUCUGCUUGUUAUGCUAUUUCCUUUUUCUAUCUAGCUGUUGUUUUCUAUGGCUGUGGUAGGGCUUGAAUCAGUCUUUGAUGUAUACUACGAGUUAUAGCGAGAUGAAGUUCGCAGUAAUGAUGAUCAGAUCAAAUACUGAAAAA